AACCGAACAACCCUGACCCCUUCGUGUGGAGUGCGAUCCUCUCCAAUUCCCAUGUCCGCACAACCGCAUAAGCAGCACGACGACGGAGGCGGCGGCAAGCCGGCAAGUUCCGGGCCUUCGCUCAUCUUCUCGAAGCCUCGGCGUGGGCACCGGGCGGCGGAUCGAAUGGCGGGUGAGGAGGAGCUCCUCGCCGGCGGGGGCGUGCCCAUCCACCCCCCGCGGCUGGAGGACGCGGGGCUCGAGGACUGCGCGCUCCCGCCGGAGUCCAUCGCCGAGGCCUUCUCCCUCGCCGCCGCGGCCGUCUCCUCCCGCCUCGCCCGCUUCCCCCUCUCCGACGAGGAGGAGGACGAGGAGUACCGCAUCCCGGCGACGCGCGGAGGCGGCUGCGUGGAUGGCGGGGGGCCCGCCCGCGGCGCCGUCCCCGAAACCGACGCCCUUGUCGGCGCCGGCGGCGUCAGGGGCGACGGCGGCGCGGAUGAGGUCGUGGUCGUCGGCGGAGGGCGCGGAGGCGGGUGCGAGGACGCGGUGGUUGUCGGCGGGCGCGGGGAAGAGCAGGAUGGAGUCGUGGUGGUCGGGGAAGGGCGGCGCGGGGAGGAGAAGCUGGGGAAGGAGGAUGGAUGCGUCGAGGGGGUCCGAGAAGGGGUCAGUGAACCGGAGCGCGCGCAAGGCGACGGAGCGGAUGAGGUGGCGGCGGAGGAGGCGAUCUUGGUGCCAGAUUUCGCGUGAGCAGCUCUCGAUUGGUGACUGCUGGACUCGAGCAUGGCGUUCGUAGCUUGGGCCAAGGCAUCGGCUGCUGAUCCCAGUCCCGUUCUAACGGAGGGGCGGACCUAUAAAUCGGAUGUGCCCCGGGCAAACCGGUGUCUGCAGGGACGGAGCCAGCAAACGAAGCCGCCGAUGUCAGUUCUUUGUCACAAUGCUGUCAACUAUAUACAUGAACAGUUCAAAACAUUGAUUGCAAAAUCAUCGAUGUCCUGGGUGUCUGCUCUGCUGUACCUUUUUUUUCUUGAGUUAAAUGGGAUUAUCUGAGCAUCAGCGCUCCAGCCUGGGUCCUGCAUCGGCCGCUGUGUAAAACAAGCACUCGAGAGCACAACUGUUUUUCACUCUAGGGUGUUCCAAUUUUUAUGUCAUGUAUAUUUCUCUUUCACAGGGAAGUAUGGAUCACCAGCUGAGCAUCCUUGUUCUAGGGAUAACUGGAUAAGGGUUUGGAGACACGAGUUAAACA